GUAGAGAUUCUCCGGGAAAAAGAAAAAUCAAUGCAGCAUUUUGAGCUAGCUAGCUAGCUGAGGUGGGGCAUAUAUAUAAGUCGCCGCAUUGUGCAGUACUACAUAUCACAAUAUCACAUGGCUAGCUAGCUGAGUAUCGAUCAGUCAUCUGGACUGGUCUGUACGUUCGAAGCUAGCUAGCUAGCUCGUCUGAGAAGAAGAAGAAGAUCUGAGCUACUCCUUCUAAUUCGAUCGCCAUGGGCGAGCAAGUUAAGCUCAACGACGACAAGGAGGAGGGCGGCAAGGAGAAGAAUUCGAAGCAGGUGGAAGAAGUAGCACCGGCGGCAGAGAAGAAGGAGGAAGCUGCAGCAGCAGCAGAUGCAGGGAGCAAGGAAGAAGAGCAGGUGCCGCCGCCACCGGCACCGGUGAUCCUGGGCGUGGAGCUUCAUUGCACCGGUUGCGCCAGGAGGAUGAGGCGGUGCAUCCUGCGGAGCAAGGGCGUGCAGGGCGUGGAGGUGGACAUGGGCGGCAACCAGCUCACCGUCACGGGCAUCGUAGACCCUCAAGCCCUCUGCGCUCGCCUCCGCCACAAGACCUUGCGCAACGCCACCGUCAUCUCCCCGCCGCCGCCCCCAACUAGUACCGAGGACCAAGACCAGCACCAGCCAUCCCCGCGGCCGCCGCUCGUCCAUUCGCAGGUGAGCGAUGUGACGACGGUGGAGCUCCUGGUGAACAUGCACUGCGAGGCCUGCGCCCAGCAACUGCACAAAAAGAUUCUCAAGAUGAGAGGGGUCCAAACCGCUGACACCAACUUGAGCACCGGCAAGCUGACGGUGACCGGUACCGUCUCAGGCGACAAGCUCGCCGAGUACAUCCACCGCCGCACAGGCAAGCUCGCCACGGUCGUCGUGCCCCCGCCCCCAAAGCCCAAGGAGGAGGAGGAGGAGAAGACCAACGACGACAAGCCUCCUCCUCCUCCUGCAGCCGAAGCUGACAAGAAAGAUGAGGAAAAUAAGCCGGCGGCGGAAGACGGCAGCAGCAAGCUGCAGAAUGAAGCAGAGGGCAACGCCAACAAGGAAGCAGCAGCAGCAGCAGAGGAGGAGGCGCCCGAGGAGGAGAAGGCAGCAGCGAUUGCGAAUAAUAAGCAGCAGCAGGAGGAUGGUUCGGUGGUGGUGGAGGGGUUCCCGCCGGAGGAGAUGAUGAAGCGGAUGCACUUGUACUGGCCGCCGUACGGGCACGGCUACACGAGUUACUACCACCACCACCACCACCACCAGGGCGGUCAGGCUCACCCCUGUGCAAAUCUUCACUCGUGGGUGCCUCCACCACCACCACCACCACCACCUCCUCCUCCUGUGUACUACAGCAGCUACGUCAUGCUGGACCGACCGCCACCGCCGCCGCCGCAGCUCUUCAGCGACGAGAACCCAAACGCGUGCGUCAUCUCAUAGCACCUUAAUUUCCCUAUGAAACGAGACAUUGGCCUUGGCUACGUACCAGCUGCUGCGAUUUAAUGAACCCAGGAUUUCGAUGUAUACGAUACGUACUCUCUCCUAUUCGUAUGUAGUCUCACGCCUAUUAGUUUUACUUGACAUCCAUCUCCUAUCGAUGUAUCCGCUUGCCCGCCGCCGCUCCUGCCCCUCGCCGCCCGCCGCGGGAGAAAGAGAGAAGGCCCCACAGUGGGUCCCACAAAUUUUAUUUUUACGUGAAUGAUAAAUGGGUCCCACACAUACUUU